AUGCAAAAACUCAUGAGCCAUCAACUAUGGUGGCGUGGACCGGAAUGGCUGUUACGUUCCGAAGCAAGCUGGCCUCAAUCAGCUCUUAAGAAUCCAGAAACAAUUAUAGAGCGCAAGUCGGUACAAAGUGCGAUAGCGCAAACUACUCAAAUCGACUGGUUUAUCUUAGAACAAUACUCAUCGUUAGACAAGCUACUGUCUGUUACGGCCUGGUGUCUACGAUUUUCGUUGGCUGUUCGUGGCAAGCAGCAUGAAUCAUCACCAAUGUGUUUAUGGCCGGAGCGAGUAUCUGCGUUAAUUUUCUGGGUAAAAUAUGUUCAAAACAUUGCCUUUAAAAAAGAUGUAUUGGCUAUUACGAAGUAUAGCGCUGUCAACAAAAGUAGCAGUCUCUAUAAGCUACACCCUAUACUCGAUUCCGAGGGUAUUUUAAGGAUCGGUGGACGCCUGGCAAACGCAAACAUUCCAUUUUCCGAACGAUAUCCUGCUAUUCUUCCUAAGGAGAACCAUCUUACCAUUUUGAUCAUCAGACAGGCACAUCAACGAACAUUGCACGGUGGUACGCAAGCUACACUUCACUAUAUUCGUCGACAAUUUUGGACUCAAAUCAUGGGUGACUUACCUGCAGGACGCUGCAAUGUCUCACUUCCAUUCAUGCACACUGGCGUAGACUUUGCGGGCCCUUUUAACGUAAAAACAACAAAAGGUCGAGGCCACACCACUUACAAAGGAUAUGUGGCACUUUUUGUUUGUUUUGCUACACGAGCAAUACAUCUAGAACUCGUCAGUGAUUUGACUACUGACACUUUUUUAGCAGCGCUGAAUCGAUUUGUAUCGGUACGAGGACUAUGUUCCGAUAUCUACAGCGACCAAGGCACCACGUUUGUUGGAGCGAAUGCUUUGAUGCAGCAGGAAGUGCGUGCGUUCAAAAUGCAGUUACAAGCAGCCGUCACUUAUAGUUCAAAGGUUGGCAUAACUUGGCAUUUUAUACCCCCUGGAGCACCAAACUUUGGUGGUUUAUGGGAGGCCGGGGUUAAGAGCAUGAAGCAUCACUUGAAGCGUGUAAUUAAUCUCACUCCGUUAACCUUCGAAGAAUUUUAUACCAUUCUAAAGCAAGUGGAGGCGUGUUUGAACUCACGACCAAUGGCAGCGAUAAGUGAUGACCCUCAAGAUCUAACGGCAUUGACUCCUGGUCAUUUUCUGGUUGGACGAGCAUUAACGGCGAUACCUGAACAGAACAUUCUCGAUGAAAAACUCGGAUUUCUAAAACGGUGGAAAUUACUGAAGCAGGUCCAACAAGAUUUCUGGCGAAGAUGGUCCAAUGAAUAUUUGCAACAGCUACAGGCUCGACGCAAAUGGCGUACUUCUCAGUCAAAUGUGAGAAUUGGACAGCUCAUAUUGAUUCGUAAUGAGCGAUUGCCUCCGAAGCAUUGGGCAUUAGGUCGUGUAGUUGAUACACAUGCUGGUGCAGACGGAGCUGUUCGAGUAGUUACAAUUAAAACACAAAGCACAACCCUUAAGAGGCCUAUUACCAAAAUUUCUGUAUUACCCAUUGAUGAACAGGCAAGUGUCAACAUGAGCAUGGAGGACAGUUCUGCCCAAGUAUCUACGCUUCAGACGGUGGGCGGUAAAGAAAAAUAA